AUGGUAGAACGGUUCAACAAGACGCUUGUGACCAUGCUGAGUGCCUUUGUAAAUAACCAUCAGACUGAUUGGGACGAACACUUGCCGUAUGUAAUGAUGGCGUACCGCUCUACAGAACACGAGACCACUGGGAAUUCGCCUAAUGCUAUGAUGCUAGGAAGGGAAACGAGUACUCCCCUGGAUAUUCAGUAUGAAAUGCCAAGGAAUAUCAAAACCAUUCCUCAAAACCAAUGGGCUUGGCAGUUAAAGGAGAAGAUGGAAAAUGCACACGAACUAGUUAGGAAACACUCAAAAGGUGCGAUGAUCCGACAAAAGCGUUACCAUGACCAGAAGUUGUCUUGGACCAAGUUUGAGCCAGGUGAUUCUGUCUAUGUCUUCUUCCCAAAUAUUCCGGCUGGGACCACCCACAAGUUAGCAAGCCGAUGGCGGGGACCUUUUAAGAUACUCACUAGAUUGACAGAGGUGACCUAUAGGGUUCCGUGUGGUUAUAAGGGAAAGACUCAAGUGAUCCAUGCUGACCGCAUGAGACCGAGACCCCCCCAAGUAUUGCGUGGUGAAAGUAGAGCGGAAGCAUUCGGACGAAAAGAUGUGCAAGUUCAGGUGGAUGAAACGUGUUUUGAGCAAAGUCAGAAUGAGAGUGUAGAGAAAACUGAGAAAGACUUGGUGCUUGAGGAAUUAGGUGAGAAAUUAGGUGAAAAUGAGUGUGAACCUAAUGGAGCAAACCCAAGGCGUACGCGACGUAAACCUCAGUGGCAUUCUGAUUACACUUCAUUCUACUAG